CAAGGGAGGGAAGAAUCAAUGAAUGAAUGGGCUGACAAGAGAAGAGAGGAACGAUCAGUUGACUAGAUAGAUAGUGGGGAUGCAGCUAAUCUACUACUGUAGGAUGGACGGAUGGAUGGAGUUGCUGGCACGGAAGUGACCUGCCGAGAAGCACAAGAAAGCCAAGCCGGGAGGGAAUCCGUCGAAACAAAUGGAGGAAACAGAGAAACAGAAGACAGACUCACAAUGGUUAUCGAGAACAAGGAGAAUCCUGCUGGUUCUAGUAGUUCGGCCCAGUCUUGGACCACAUCAUCGUUACAACAGUGCUUCUCACUCAGUCUUCCAGCCCCUGUUCAAAUUAUGCCCCACUGGACCCUGCUUGAGGAAUGCCGCGAAAAAGGCUUCUUUGCAUCAUCGGCCGCCAUGACAUCACCGCCCAUGGAUGGCACGGCGCCUUUAUUUCCCUCGCUCGUAUCCGUUCCUCUGCAUCCUCGGUCUCGGUGCUUUGCUCGGCGCUUCCUUCACGUUCUGGCCUGUCCUCGGUUUGUCAGUCCCUGGUCAGCUCCCCAAACCUUGAUAGCGUUAAACUCUUCAGUCCGGUCCCUAUUUAAGCGCUGACCGUGCACCUCUCCCCUCUACCCUCUUCUUUCGCCCUCAUCCUGCUUAUCACUG